GGUUAAACUGCACCACACUGGCAACGCUGUCAAAAAAGUUUAUAUUCGUGCGCGUAAAAGGCAGCUUGUUGCAAGGUUUUUCCAAACAAAAUGCUUAACUACAUUAAGGAAACAAUUAUGGCACCGUCCACACGCAGCAGCUGCAGCAAAGCGGACCAAGCUCUAGACAAGGAUCCAGAUAAACAUAAAAACCUAAAAGCUCCUGCCAAAAUGCUGGGCUAUAAGAUAACAGACAAUGAACGCACACGAAAAUACGGCAUAGGUGCCAAUUCAUUAGAAAUGCUGCUGGCGAAAGCACAGCUCAAAUUUCCGCUGCAGGAGUUGCACGUUUAUCUAGCCAUUGAUGGCUUUGAAGUCUCCGACGAUGAGUAUUUCAACAGCUUGCCAGCCCAAACUCUUUUCAUUGUGGCUGGACCCGAUGCAGUCAUCACAACGGAUGGAGAUUUUGAAUUCGAGAAAAUGCGGCAACAGUCGCCGCUUUUGAAGGUCGCAGACAUUUUCUACGACUUUAUCGAGCAGCAUCCGGACAAGUUUCGACGCAUGAUUACGGAAUAUGAGCAGCAAAAACAGCGACGAGCCUUGGACAAUACCAAAGCGCAUCUCAGCUUGAAGGCUGAGCACUUAGAAUGGUUCGAGGGCAGCGAAGAACGCUUUCAAUCCAAGGAAGAGGCCAUGGCCGUUAGAGCUCAGACACGUGUGCGUGGCUACUAUUACAAGACCAAGGAGGAACUAACGCGUAAUCCGCUGUAUAGACAGAACGCCAAGGCCAGGCAAAUCAUUAACUCUGUGCUAGAACAAUUUCGAUAUCUUCUCAUAGGCUGCGAUUACUUUUCCAUGAUGUUCAAUCGAAAGUGCGAGCUUAAGCAUGAGGUGUUACAGCAGCAUAUAGAAGAGGAACAUCCCGAUGCGGCAAGCGUGCCCAAUAAACGGCUGCGGCAAAUCAUAAAAGAUUAUGCGUCGCGACAUGGCAUACUUGAUGAAUGGUCCGUUUCGCUGUGUACGGACCUUGGUGACUUCUAUUGCCAAGGCGCCUACUCGGACAAUGGCAAUUACUGUUCAUUGCAGCACACUAUAAAUCCAUAUGCUUCACGGGAGAAUCUCAUAUUGUUUCAAGUAUGGAAUCUUGAUCAUCAAAUCGAGCUGUGCCGCACCAUUUUGCCGGCGUUGGUGGCCAAUGUUCAAGAGCUGGUGACACAGCCCCAGCGCAAAUGUGCAUUGCAUAACAAACGCAUUGUGGACAUCUCUGUGCUAGAAUAUUUUCUAGAGAUAUUCUCGCUAAAGAACCUCAAAUUGGUCCACAUUGUAUGCCAUGAGAAAGUGCAACGCUCCAAUCAGUCCAAUGGCCGCCUCCUAUGCGCUGAUUGUCACGAAUAUCGCAUUGUACAAGAGCUCAUGGAUUUGCAAACGUCGGACAAAACUUCCUAGGAACAUAAUGCUUCAAAUAGCUAUAUACUAAAGCAAUAUAAUAUACAAUAAUUAUAUACUUUUAUCUUAUAUAUAAUAUUGCGAACUGCUUAAUCAAGGCUUCGGACUUUAAAAUAUGUGCCAAGCUAAGCUGUGUAUAUAUCAACAUAUGAUUUUAACAGUUG